AUGCCAGCAUUUCCAAUACUGUCGUUUUCAAGGAAACCGAUUCUAUUAAUUAUCUUUAUUAUUGUAUUUGUGUUUCUAUACCACAUUGCAAGUCAUCCCAAAGUGUCAAAGUCAAUGCAAUCAGUUGCAUAUUAUAAUAAUUAUGAUGAAAGAGCUUGCCUUCCACAAAGAUUACUUGAAAAAUCUCCUCCUACAAAGAAAGCUAAAGCUGCUAUGGUUAUUCUUGUUAGAAACAGAGAACAGCAAGCUAUUGCAGAAACCUUAGCUAAUUUCCAGGACAAAUUCAAUAAAAAUUUCAAUUAUCCUUACGUCUUUUUAAAUGAACAACCUUUUACAGAAGAUUUUAAACGUGCCAUGAAAGAAGCAGCGCCUCAAGCAGAAAUGAAAUUUGGACUGGUGCCUGAAAAACAUUGGAGUUAUCCUGCUUGGGUUGAUCCUAACUUGGCUGCUGAAGCAAGAAUAAAGAUGGAUCAAAAAGGAGUAUUAUAUGGUGGAUUAGAAAGUUAUCAUCACAUGUGUCGAUAUCAAUCUGGAUUCUUUUUUGAUCAUCCUUUGUUAGACGAAUAUGAAUGGUAUUGGCGUGUAGAACCAGGCGUAAAAUAUUUUUGUGACAUUACUUAUGAUCCUUUUCUUUAUAUGGAAAAACAUAAAAAAAAAUAUGGAUUUGUUGUGACAUUAUUAGAAUUGAGAGAUACGAUUCCUAGUCUUUGGAAAACAGUAGAAGAAUAUGCCAAAUCAAGAAGAAUUGACAUUUCAAAUAACAGUAAUCUGCUAUUUCCUUAUUUUCGAAAUUCAGAGACAGGUGAUUUUAACUUGUGUCAUUUUUGGUCUAAUUUCGAAAUUGCCUCUUUAAAUUUCUGGAGAAGUCCAGAGUAUCGUGAUUUCUUUCAUUAUUUAGAUCAAACAGGCAAUUUCUUUUAUGAAAGAUGGGGAGAUGCACCUGUUCAUUCAUUAGCAGCAGGAUUAUUUUUAAAAACAGAUGAGAUUCAUUAUUUUCAAGACUUUGGUUAUCAACAUGAUCUUUAUAGACACUGUCCUACAAAAGAAAGUGGUUUACGUUGUCGUUGUGAAUGUCCUGAAGGAACAAAUGAAAAGAGUAUUGAUCAUGAUACAUAUUAUGAUACAUGUCUACCUGUUUGGUUACAGCAUGUUAAAAAGGAAGAAGAAAGGAAAAAGGCAAAUUGGAGCGUUUGGUCAUAA